GUGGGCUGAAGGGGCUUGGGAGAGGAAUAAGGACUGGUUAGAGGAAUGAGAACUGGUUACAGAAAAAUAAUAUAUGUCAUCCUGCAGGGACAUUGCACUCAGCAGCAAACAAACAGAGCUCUUGUGCUAGGGUAUUUAUUACAUUUUUGCCCUGUGCCCCCAACCCUAAAUCACACCAGCUGGGAAAGAGUUAGACUGCAGGAUUACCAGGCUGUAUGUUCCUGUGUCACCCCUAAGGUCUUAUAUGUAGGGCUAAGAAGAGCCAAGUCCAGGGAAUUUCACUGUAGCCAUGCAUGUUGGGACCUGCCAUUAAAUAACAGCUGGAGGGUUCAUGGGUGUGCAUAAGGCUUAAGGAAUAUCCCCCCAUACUUUUGCUUGUAAGGAUGGUGGUGAUGGACAGCAGCUUAUUGGUUAAAUAGGUUGAUUUUAGUAGGUGGUCUGCUUGCAUUUCAGAUGGGAAAGGGGAGGGGGUGCAGUGAUUUACUUUUUUUCCGGGAGGAGCUGGGAAGAAGGCAAAUGAUGAGGAGGAUGUUAUGAUUGGGCUUGCUCUCCGUCUGGGAUUCACUGCAGGCAGAACAAAGCGUCCUUACUGCUCGGCUUCCUGCUUGUCGCCUCCUGCCUGCAGAACAGUGAACAGGUCCAGCUGAUAACAUCAUGCAGGCUGAGGGGAGCCACUGACACACCAGAUUAAUUGGAUUUACAACCCAACAAAGGUUUCACUGGGUUCCUACAAUACCUGAUUAGAAAUACUAACAGUUUUCACUUGAGCUACUGCAAGAAAUUGAAAAGCCAUCUAAGAUUAUAAUGGAAACAUUGUCCCAGGAUUCUUUACUGGAAUGCCAAAUUUGCUUUAAUUAUUAUAGCCCUCGAAGAAGGCCAAAGUUACUUGACUGUAAACACACAUGCUGCUCAGUCUGCUUACAGCAAAUGAGGGCUAGUCAGAAAGACCUUAGAUGCCCGUGGUGCAGAGGUGUGACUAAGUUGCCACCUGGAUAUUCUGUGUCCCAGCUGCCUGAUGACCCAGACGUUGUUGCUGUAAUUGCAAUUCCUCAUGCUUCAGAAAAUACCCCAGUGUUCAUUAAGUUGCCUAGCAAUGGAUGCUACAUGUGGCCUCUGCCCGUAAGCAAAGAAAGGGCUUUGUUACCUGGCGAUAUUGGCUGCCGGCUACUACCUGGAAACCAACAAAAACCAGUCACAGUUGUGACCAUGCCAAUGGAACAACAUCCUUUGCAUGGCAACAUUUCGCAGGACAUUGUAGAAGAAGAACAUGAAAGAAGAGGGGUUGUUAAAAGCUCUACCUGGUCUGGAGUUUGCACUGUGAUUUUGGUAGCAUGUGUACUAGUCUUCCUUCUUGGGAUUGUCCUCCAUAAUAUGUCUUGUAUUUCAAAGCGUUUUACUGUAAUAUCUUGUGGUUGACUCUUACACUCUCAUUAUGUGCUUGCACCUAUGUUUCUUUAGAAUAGGGCUGUAUCAAAACUGCACACAGCAGCAUUGCAAACUGAUAAAGUGUCAACUAAACCUAAGUUGGAACUUUUUUCUUUAAUAAAUGAAUGAGCCCUAUAGGGAAGUCUUGCUCCCCAGCAGCGUGGAUAGAGCUAAUGAAGAUUGCAUGUACAGCCAUUAAUCGUCUGCAAAAAACUGCAAAGACUAGCGUGAUGUUUUUGACUGUAGGGUAGUAUAAGACUAUGUCUUCUUCAGCUCAUUGUGCAUCUUAGACCAAUGUAAGUCUUUAUCAAGGCUACUGUUCUUUUUCAUACCUACUUAAUUCAGUUAAAAGAUCAUCUGUUAAGGACCAGCAAAAACAUGAUUUUGCACAAAUUGGCAGUAGGUACAAAUUUCAAGAUUAAGGAAAUAUUUUUAAAUGGUGUGUAGAAAUGUGGAAAUGUAUGGUUAAAUUAGCCAUUAAUUAAACCAACCAUAUGUAUCUACCUGCAUCUCAGGUCUUCAAAUAUUCACAGAUAUGUCUCUUUGCUAAACUGGUGUUUAAUCGUGGUACUGUUGUUGUACUGCUAUAACCCUGUGUUCUCAGAUGAUCUUUCUUUUUUCAGGUACAUAUAAUUCUGGUGAGGCAGAAUGUCUUAAAAACAGAAUUGUAAUUUGAUUACAUCAUAUCAUGUUUUCAUAACUUGUCUUUGUUGCUAAAAUGUUGUGAUGCACGUUUCCCAUACCACAUUUCUGUCCUUUGGUGGAAAAACGGCCAACCAUCUGCAAUAAAGUUGUCACACCACUGUUGCAUGAAGUUCUCCUUUUUUGGUGGAUCAUGCAUUAAAGCAAAAUAAACAGGAAAGGGCUGAUAUAUAGAACUAUAGGUACCAAAUACACCAAGGGUCAGCAAAGAAACCUGCAAAUGGGCAUGGCAGAAUUUUGUAUUGCAUAAUAUUCAUCAACAUCUGUGUUGUUUCCAUUUGUUAAACUGAGAGACAUCUGUUUCUGUAAAGCCUAGUUGGCUUAACUCUUUAUUGUAUGGCACAGGAAUCACUCAAAUGGUCAUGUUGACUGUGAGAUUAUUAUAGGAAAAUGAGAUGUAGAAUUUUAGAUUCUGAUUUCUGAGAUGUUUAAGAGCUGAUAUUCCAUGAGAUGCUUUUUAAGCCGUCAGCUAUGUUUUUUCUGUCUGUUAUGUUUUAAUGUAUCUGUUUGUUUGCUUUGUAUUUAGGGUUUAAUCAUGAAGCUGUACUGCAACCAGAUUUACUCUAUUGUUUAUAUAUAUAUAUAUAUUGCCCUAACAUCAACUUAUUAAUGUACAGUGUAUUACAGUUAGAUGUUUUUCUAUUUUUUAAUGUUUAAGGAGUUUUUCUGCAAUUCCAUUGACUGAAUGUAAAAAAAACAAAAACAGAAUAAGGUAAUGUCAUAUAUGCACCCCUGUAUUUAUCACAUAAUAAGGUCUUAUUCUCAGACAAACCCUCUUAUUAGAGGGACUUUAGCACAGAAACCUUCAGCUAUGGCAAGAAUACACCGGAUGUGUGUUAAUACACUAUGGGGCCUAUUUACUAUGCUGUGUAAAACUAAAUUUGCUGUAAAAAACGGUGGAAAAAGCUGUGUAAAAUGAUUGGUGAUUUUAUCAAAUUUUAUUUUACGCUGUCUGAAUGCCAGAUUUGAAGUCAUUAUUUUAUACUGUUUCAGACCUUGUGUAAGUUCCCACAGAAGUUGCUCUAAGAAAAAAUGCACAAAAAGAUUGUGGCGUUUUUUUAUGCGGGCGAAGCCUGUUGACAUGUGGCAAAUUUUGUUGCUGUUUUUUACACUACAUAAUAAAUAUGCCCCUAUGCCAUUAGGUAUCGCCUAGUUGUGCUUGUUGCACAUGAUCAUACUGAAAUGUAGAGGUUUGAAAAACAGUUUGAUUCUUUAUUUGUAACUAAUAAUUACCAAUCAGAAUUCUCCCUUGGCAGACUGUAUAUCUGACAGUGUUCCACUGAUACCAUCAAUAAGUGUCUGAGAAAAUUCCAAGGACACCAUUACGGGAAUUAGAGCAGCAAUGUUAAUAAGAAGAGUAUGAAAUAGAACAGUUUCAAAUAGCAAGCAAGGUUAUAGCUGUAAAUUUCGUUUUAUAGAAGAUACAACAAUUAGGAAAAAGGAAGUUGGUUCAGAAUUAAUGCCAAGGUAAAGGGGUAGAUGUCAAACCUACAUUUUAUUACAGUUUUCCUUUAAUAAAGAAAAUAAAAAUCUAAACCUUGGUUUAAAACACACAGGAUUCCAUUUUUAAGAAUUCUAAGAAAUUUGCAGAUUAAUGUUAUGUGAACAGCGGCCAAAAUACUGGUUGUUUAAACUGCAGCAGGUUUGUCAUGUUUGGGCCCAUUUUUGUGCCUACACAGGAAAGUUGUUAAGCACAGCCCCAGUGCUUUGAAUUGGACAAUUUCAGCUGCUAACAGCUGCAACUUUUCUGUGUUUCGAUUAAUACAGCUUUGUAAUGAGGACAUUGUAUUCAUGCUUCUUGCCUUUACACCUCUGUAUUAUAAGCAUUUAUAUAAUGAGUUAAUGUUUUUAAUAAUAUUUUGUAACUUGGACCUGAGAUUGAUUUUAUCACUCAUGAUAUUGACAUGUGCCAUUAAAAAAAGUCCAAUUUGAAGUUUCCAAUUGUAAAGGAUCUUAUAAUGACUAAUAUAUUUAUAUUUGAAAUGUGACUUUAAGAAGGCCACAUUUUAUUAACUUUGCAAUACUUAUUCUAGUUGCCAAAUUUGUCUUUGUAGAAGUAAAUCAAGGUAGAGGCCGUAAGAAGGCUGUAUAAAAUCUUUACUUUGUGUCAUCAUGCAGAGUCUAUAGUGGAAGCAACAGUGUUGUCCCACUCAUAUACCAUCCUACAAUUCUCCAUGCAUAUUAUCAAGGGCUAACAACACUAUAACCGCUUCCCUAAGCUUUGAUUUCAGAGUAAUAUCAGCAAGCAAAAACUACAAAAGAAUCCCAAUAUGUUAGAAACGCUCCAAAGAUAAGAGCCACUGUCCCAGGAAAAAGUUACCCCAUAAGCAAAAUAGUUUGUUUAACUGAACUAAACAGAUACACUGAAGUUUAUAAAUGUAAAAAGCAGAAUAUGAACAGCACUUGUUCAGGAAUAUGUAUAAAAUGAAAUGGUAUUAUGGUAUAUUUGAAUAAAUUAUGUGAUGGCAGUAUCAAUUAAAAGUUAUACUAAUACUGUUGGGGGCCUGUGGUCAUGUGUAUCCCCGGCACCACAAUCUUAACAUGGGACUUUUUAUUGUUUUGCUAAAAAUAGGGUUUUGUUACAAUAUCUGAUGUCCUAAGCAGGAAAAUAACAGACUAGAGCUCACAUGUAGAUAGGUUCAAGCAAGAAGAGCAGCACCUGGUGUUUUAUUCUACAAGGCCCAAAAUAUAAUUAGAAAGGAAAAAAUGAAACAAAGAAAUACUCUGCAUGGCAGACCUUGUGAAUUAUAUGGACUCCAUAUUCAUGGCAGUGUCAGCAUAAUUUCCAAGUAUUUUUCUAUGUUUUUUGGAGUGUCUGAAACCACUGCCAUAUACAUAGUUACAUGAAACCUUAAUCUUUUAUUACCUUCAUAAAAAAACAGUAAACUGAUUGAGGGAAGGUUACCUUGUAAGAAUGUGGUCUGUAUAAUUCUUAGAUUCCUGUGACAUCUUCGGAAUGUUUGCAUAAUUGUCCUAUUUCCAGCAGCACUAAAAGUGAUGUUGAACAUUUCCUAAGGCUGUUGAUGCUUAAGGGAUUCACAAAAACCCAUAUAACUCGAAUACAAAUAAGCAGCAUUCUAAAUAUAUCUGGUUCUUUAGGGAAAAAACUAAGUACUCUGUACAAGGAACAGAAUAUGAUAAGGCACAUUCAGUGGCAUUGUUCCUAUAUGUAGGUUGCAUUUUUACAGGUUAAUGUUACUUUUCAUACUGCCAAUAUAAAUUGUAGUAGAAAUAAGACCUAUAAUACAUGUAUUUUAUUAGUAAGGAAAUAAAGGAACUUUGUUAAUAAUA